GCGGCGGACACUUCCCGCGGAAGGACUGUCCCGUGGCACCUGGCGGGGCCUUGAAAGACGCGGCGUGAGCAGCGGCGAUGGAUAACCAAGGCCUGGAGGAGUUCCGUCGGCGCUGGCAGGAGGAGCUGGCGCAGGCCCAGGCGCUGAGGAAGCGGCGGCGACCCGAGGCUACCGAGCGGCGGGCACGGCGGCCGGAGCUGGUGCCCGGGCGCGGCGAACAGGCCUCGGGGUACCUGGCACUGGCUCAGGGACUCCUGGAGGGCGCGGGGCGACCCCCGGCCCCACGGGCCACCCGGGCCGAAAGGCAGGACGCGGCGAGUCGCUCUCGCUCCCCUCAGGCCCGCGAGGACCCCUGGGGCGGGGAGCAGCUGGUGGACCAGCUCAUUCGCGACCUGAAUGAAAUGGAUGAUGUGCCUUUCUUUGAUGUCCAACUGCCUUACGAAUUGGCAAUUAAUAUAUUUCAGUACCUGGACAGAAAAGAUCUUGGAAGGUGUGCACAGGUGAGCAAGACGUGGAAGGUGAUUGCAGAAGAUGAAGUGCUCUGGUACAGACUGUGCCAGCAGGAAGGCCACCUUCCCAAGAGCAGCAUCUCUGACUAUUCUUGCUGGAAGCUCAUCUUCCAAGAGUGCCGAGCCAGGGAACACAUGUUAAGAACCAACUGGAAGAACCGCAAAGGAGCUGUGAGCGAGCUGGAACACAUCCCUGACGCAGUCUUAUGUGAUGUACAUUCUCACGAUGGAGUGGUCAUUGCUGGAUAUACAUCAGGGGACGUGAGGGUGUGGGACACCCGCACCUGGGACUACACAGCCCCCUUCCUGGAAUCGGAGUAUGAGGACGACGAGGCUGGGCUGCAGCCAUAUGUCUCCUUUGUGAGGAUAAACAGCUCUCUGGCGGUGGCGGCUUACGAGGACGGAUUUCUUAAUAUUUGGGAUCUACAGACUGGAAAGUAUCCGAUUCAUCGUUUUGAGCAUGAUGCAAGAAUACAGGCACUGGCCCUCAGCCGAGAUGAUGCGACUGUUGCCACGGCUUCGGCCUUUGAUGUCAUAAUGUUGGGCCCCAAUGAAGAAGGAUAUUGGCAUAUAGCUGCAGAAUUUGAAGUUCAGAAAUUGGUUGACUACCUUGAAAUAGUUCCAGAUACCGAAAGGUACCCUGUGGCAAUAGCCACUGCUGGAGAUCUGGUCUACCUGCUAAAAGCUGAAGACUCUGCCAGAACCCUGCAUUAUGUCUACGGCCAGCCUGUCACAUGUCUUGAUGUCUCAGCCACCCAAGUUGCUUUUGGCGUGAAGAGUUUGGGAUGGGUGUACGAAGGAAACAAGAUCUUGGUGUGCAACCUGGAAGCAGAACGCUGCAUCUCGAAGCUGGGGAAUGCGCUUGGUGACUUCACGUGUGUCAACCUCCGAGACAGUCCUCCCAGUCUCAUGGUCAGUGGCAACAUGGACAGGAGGGUGAGGAUCCAUGACCUCCGCACUGACAAAAUUCCUCUGUCACUCUCUGCUCACCAACUCGGAGUCUCCUCAGUCCAGAUGGAUGACUGGAAGAUUGUCAGCGGCGGCGAGGAAGGCCUUGUUACCGUGUGGGACUAUCGUAUGAACCAAAAGCUGUGGGAGGUACAUUCCCGGCACCCUGUUCGUCACAUAGCCUUCAACAGCCACAGCCUCAUCACAGCCAACGUGCCCUACGAGAGGGUGGUGCGCAACGCUGACCUGGACAGCUUCACCACACACAGGAGGCACCGGGGGCUGAUCCAUGCCUACGAGUUUGCAGUGAACCAGCUGGCCUUCCAGAGCUCCCUGCCUAUCUGCCGCUCAGCCUACGACACCAUGGCCAGCUACAACUAUGACCUGGCACUCACUUUCCCCUAUGAUAGUGUGAGGGAGUGA